UUGUUUUUCUUGCCCAGCAGGCUGAGCUCCAGGUUGAUGUGGUUAAACUCUCUGUGGAGUUUGCCACGGGGCCCCUUGACCACCACUGUACGCCCCUUCAACCGCACCUCGACUGGACAGUCACAAAAAGACACAAAUGAAUGCAUCGUCAGACCAAAGCAGCCGCUUGCCGAAUGACAAUCUUCCGAUGGUCAAAGUCAUGGCGCUGCUCAAACACAGUUGUGGUUUUACCGGUCGUUUUUCUACAAACCACAUGCAGAUGACUCCCAGAGGAAUACCGAGUGUAUACAGCAGGAGUCUGACAACAGUGGCCAAAUCCUCCACAGACCAGGAUGGUGAAAAGAAGACGUUUCUAAGCCACGAUGGGCCUGAUCUGCAAGACUUUAUUUCUGGCGAGCUGUCAGAGAAAAGCAAGUGGGCAGAGUACAGAGGCAACCUGAAGAGACAGAAGGGAGAGAGGCUGCGACUUCCUCCGUGGCUAAAGACAGAGAUCCCCAUUGGAAAGAACUACAACAGACUGAAGAACACACUGAGAGACCUAAACCUGCACACAGUGUGUGAGGAGGCCAGGUGCCCAAACAUCGGUGAAUGCUGGGGAGGAGGAGAGUAUGCCACAGCCACAGCCACCAUCAUGCUGAUGGGAGACACAUGUACACGCGGAUGCAGGUUUUGCUCUGUAAAGACAGCUCGUCAGCCACCACCUCUGGACCCUGACGAGCCUUACAAUACAGCCAAGGCCAUCGCUGCCUGGGGGCUGGACUAUGUGGUUCUCACCUCAGUUGACAGAGAUGAUAUUGCUGACGGAGGAGCUGAGCACAUUGCUAAGACAGUUUUCAACCUGAAGGAAAUGAACUCCCACAUCCUGAUUGAAUGUCUGACCCCUGAUUUUCGUGGCGACCUGGCAGCAGUCGAGAAGGUCGUGGUGUCAGGGCUGGAUGUGUACGCCCAUAACGUGGAGACAGUCCGUGAACACCAAAGGCGUGUGCGAGAUGCCAGAGCAAACUUUGACCAAUCGCUGAGUGUUCUGAAACACGUGAAAACGAUUAAACCCUCUGUGCUCACCAAGACGUCCCUCAUGCUGGGUCUGGGGGAGACCGACCAGCAGAUAAUGAACACUCUGUCAGAGCUGAGAGAAGCAGGAGUGGACUGUCUAACGCUUGGCCAGUACAUGCAGCCAACUAAACGCCACCUGAAGGUGGAGGAAUACGUCACCCCUGAGCAGUUCGCUCAUUGGGAGAAAGUUGGAAAUGAUAUGGGCUUCAUUUACACAGCCAGCGGGCCACUGGUGCGGUCUUCAUACAAAGCAGGUGAGUUCUUCUUAAAAAAUCUGCUGAAGAAGAGAAAAGCAGACGCCACUACAGCAGACUGAAGAGCUUCAACGAACUGUCUCUUAUCUCCUGACGGUCGUGCAGUUCAGAAGUGCAGUGUCGUGAGCUGUUCUGUAGCCUACAGUGUGGAUCCAUAUAGCACAGGAACCACCGAUAAUAUAAAGACUAAUUAGCAUUUGUAUUAUUUCCAACCAGGAGGGCAGACUAUAAAAUGAGGCUACAGGAGCGAGUAAUUCACCAAGACGAUCACUAACGCUCAGUGCACAUUUAAUCAGGAUGAGUUUAAGGCCUAAAGGAGCAGCACAUAACUUGCUGGGAAAAAAAUGCAUCCUGGCGUAGCUGUGAUUUACGUUUUCUGUAAAAGAAUUCAGUGAGGUCAAUCCGCUCAGGGGCUGCACACAGCACUGAGGAGUUGGUAAACAGCAAACUCCGUUUAUAAGCACUUCAACAGACACUUUUCAGUUCAGAGUUAAUUUUAAAAAGUUGGAAAUUCUUUUGGGACUUAACACAGUAACGAGGCAACAUUGGAACAAACCAAAUCUUUGACAAGGAAAAAAAAUUCUAUUGAAAAUAUUUGAAAAAGUGCAAAUGUUUUGGACGUUGAAAUCAGUAUAAAUGAAAUAUGGAUUCUCUACCUAUAUUUGGUAACAAUCUGGAGACAUACUGUUUCAACAUUCAGCACUAAUAAAAUAAAUAAAGUGACAUGAAUUGCACUUGCUUAAUAUUUGGACAAAGCUAAAAUGUCCAAUUAUAUGUAAGGAAUAAAAAAUUCAGUCCAUGUCUUACUAAUUAAAUAUGUCGUUUUGUUUCAAUGAAAUAAAAACCAAAUUAUGAA